AUGGCUCACCAUCCGUGUUCCGACACACGGUCAACAUUCCUACUUUCCGAGAUAGCCCUGCAAAGGGAUAAUGCUCUUUGUUGGGUUCUGCCUUCAUCACCCUUCUCCGCCCAUCGUUAUAGAACCAUGAUCUCAGAACUUGGUCCUCGCAGAAUGCGCCGUAUGUACUUAAUCGCCGAACAUUGUCCCGAUGACAGCCCAGCCCCAAGAACGGCGAGGAUAUAUUUCAAUGACUUCAAAUGUGUUUUGAGCGAGUUUCAUGAGGAACUGCCCACAAUGAAAGGAACAGAUGGCAUCAUCUGA